GCCAGUGAACGUGACCGCUCAGAGGGCGGGUGCUGCCGACUGCGCGGCACAUGUGAAUCCCAUCGUGCCUCUGGAGGCAAAUGCCAUGUCACUCUUCAAGCUUGUUUUGUCAUUGUGUGUGACCUCAGUCAAACAGAAGAGAAGUCCAUAAGGUCAGUCACCUGGCACGCUCCCAGGGUAACCACUGUUAACAGGUAUGUAGCUUUCUAGAUGCUUCUGUGAACACGUAUGCAGACACGGGGAUAGCAGUUUUCUCAUAAAAAUGGAAUUGUGCAUCCACACUUUGGCACAGCGCACUGACCGGUCCCACUGGUGCACCCUCUUCGGUUUAAAUUGUGGUAAAGUCUAGGAAACAUAAAGCUUACCAUCUCAACCAUUUUUAAAUCUGCAGCUCAGAGGCACUGAGCAUAGUGACAGUUUUGCAGCCGUCCCCACCGUCCAUCUCCGCGCUGCUUUGUCCUCCCAAACAGAGACUGUCCCCGACAAAUGCUAACCCUCGUCCCCCCCUGGCGCUGUCUCGGCUACCUUCCUUCUGUAUCUGUGAAUUCAGCGUUUCCGGGCUCCUCAGGUUAUAGCAGGUCCUCAAGCUUGCUUGCUUCUCAUUGCUCGGUAUUAUUCCUGUGAGCGUUCCGCUCGAUGGCCCUGAAAUACGUGAUGGUACAGGAGUGUCGCUUACUUACCCAGGAUGUUGGAUGUUUAGGCUCCAGUUUCUUGUUAUCAGGACUGUCAUGGAUAACACUGCAGUGACCAUUCUGUGUGUGAAUCCUUGCACUGCGGUGCAAGCAUGCCUGUAAGAUUUCGAGAACUGAGCCUGCAGUGGGGACCUGCCCACUCUGCCCCAUCAGCAGCAGUCGACAGGGCCCCUCUUCUGGUGCUUGUCAGUCUGCAAGAUUGGUGUUAGGACUGCUUGCAUCCAAAUCCCUAGGGUGCUUGCUUAAAUGCACGUGCCCAGACCUGGAUCAGAACUAUGGGAGGCCCUGGAAUGCGUGGUCUCCAAGGCAUCCUGGUGCCCAGCAGAACUGUGUUCGGGGCUGUAACACUGAGUGCCAUUUGCUGUGGGAGACAGAAUUUCCACAGCAAGCUUCCUCUGCUGGCUUCAGACUGGUGGGCCAGCUGCGUCCCCCAGAUCACACCUCACAGGGCACUGGUGACCGAGGGACCCCAGUUACAGGAAGCCACCUCUGCCCCACCAAACAUCUGCCACUGAAUUCGUGGGUCAGUGAGGCACGGUGCUCUAGACCCUCCAUCUCUCCAGGCCAUUGAGUAAAAGUCCUGAGCAUGGGUCAGAGACCGUUCUCCUACUGCUUGGGAGGGCUUCAUGGGUGAAGGGGGCUGUUGCUGUCCCAGGGUGGGGCCCCAGCCUCAAAACAUCCUCAGACCCUCUGAGGUGAGAUCAGGACAUGGGCUUCUCUCCAGGUGGGCGCUGGGCACUACAGGGGACCCAGCUGGCUCUUGGCGCUGGGCAUGCAACAGAGCAGCUACAGGUUAAUUGAUGGCCCCACGUGAGGGGGUGAGGCCCUGCUGGCUGCCAUGCAACCCCCAUCCCUCACCCCAUCAGUCUUGCUCUAUGGAGACGGCCCCAGCUCUCAGUGGAGGUGUGCCCAUGGCACUCUGGGAUGGCAGAUGGAGUGUUGCCACCAUUUUUGGAAAACAGUUCUGCUACACGUUCAACCAGGACCGGGCCCUGGAACCACCAUCCUGACCCAGCCCUGGACACAGAGAGGCUGUGGGGUGCACUUCCGGGGGGGGGGUAUCUUCCAGCAGGGAGGUGGUGGCACCCUGAACAGGAAAGCACAGUAUGGUUUGUGGUCCCAGCAUCCCAGAUCCCAGGUCUCCAGGGACAAGGGUCAAGCAGGCAGGGGACUCUGGCCGGCUGAAGGCAAGGUGCUCCUCUGUUCAAGGGGACGAGGUGUGGAUCCAUUCCCCACCCCUCCCAAUCUGGACACCCCAUCUUGGUGGGGUGGGGGCGGGAAGGUCCAGUCCUGAGGAGGACCAGCAGCUGGGACCCUGGGUAAGAAGAGGUCGGGUCACUGCUGUCCUGGGAUGGGACACUGCACCCCAUCAGGUACCUGAGGGGUGUCAGCAGGUUGACGCCUGGGAGACAAGGUGGGGACCCCCCAAUAAGGUGCUCCCAGCACACCAGCUUGGCCGGGAGGCCGCUCCUGCCUGCCCUCCAGGGUCCCCUGUAGGGUUCCCUCCAGGGCAGGCCCGUGGGCGCCCUUGAGAAGAAUGUUGGUUGAAGAAGUCGGACGGCUCUGGCCACCCGCCCUCCCAGGGACCCAGCGGGCUGGGGUGGGAGUGGGCCAGGUGGGGGUCAGCAAGGCCUGGGGAGCGGAACGGAAGGGGGAUGGGGAGGCCGCGAGGGGCGGCAGCGGGAAGCUCGGGCCUGGGAUCCGGCGAGGGACGCGAGGCCCCGGAACACGCUGCGGGGCUGGGCCGGGUGUCGCCCCCGCCCCCGGGCAGCACGCGCAAGCCUCAGUCCUCCGUGCGUCCAGCCCUUCAGGGCGCCGCGAGGGGACCCUCCCCAUCGCGCAGUCGUGCCCCCACUCCUGCCCCCACUCCUGCCCCGCCCCUUCCGCCGAGGCCACGCCCCUCCACUCCAGGCCGCGCGAUCAUGGUGGUGCUAAAGGGCGUCCCGGCGCUGCUGUCCCCUGAGCUGCUCUACGCCCUGGCGCGGAUGGGGCACGGAGACGAGAUCGUUUUUGCAGACGUGAACUUCCCCACCUCCUCCAUAUGCAGGUGUGGCCCGGAGGAGAUCCGCGCUGACGGCCUGGGCAUCCCAGAGCUCCUGGAGGCCGUGCUGAAGAUGCUGCCACUGGACACCUACGUGGAGAGCCCGGCUGCUGUCAUGGAACUGGUGCCCAGCGACAGGAAGACAGGCCUUCAGACUCCAGUGUGGAGGAGCUACCAGUCCCUCCUGUCUGAGGCUGGCUGCACGAGCACCCUGGCGAAGAUAGAGAGGUUUGAGUUUUAUGCGCGGGCCAAAAAGGCUUUUGCUGUUGUAGCAACUGGGGAGGCCAGGAUGGCCAAGAGGGGAGAGGAGCCAAGGACCGAGCCCCAAGCAGGGAGUCUGCAAAGAAACACAGGACAGGCGACAAAUGGACCCAGCAGUAAAGGUGCUAGAAGCCUCAUCCAAGACAGAAGAGGAGAGGAUGGGAGACUGGUGCCUGGUCUGUGUGAGCGUGAUGCAAGUGUACAUGGUGUGUGUGUGUGGUGUGUGUGUAUGCAUGUGUGCAUGUGGUGUGCAGGUGCAUGUGUGCAUGGUGUGCGUGAUGUGGGCACGUGGUGUAUGUGUGCAUGGUGUGCAUGAUGUGUGCAUGUGGCGUAUGUGUGCACGCGUGGUGCGUGCACGUGUGGUGCAUGUGUGUGUGGUGUGGGCACGUGGUGUGUGUGUGCACGAGCAUGUGGUGCAUGUGUGCAUGGUGUGCGUGAUGUGUGCAUGUGGCGUAUGUGUGCACGCGUGGUGUGUGCAUGUGUGUGGUGUGCGUGAUGUGUGCAUGUGUAUGUGUGCACGCGUGGUGUGGGCACGAGCAUGUGGUGUAUGUGUGCAUGGUGUGGUGUGUGCACGCGUGGUGUGGGCACAUGUGGUGCAUGUGUGUGUGGUGUGGGCACGUGGUGUGUGUGCAUGGUGCAUGUGGCGUGCAUGGGUGAGCAUAUGUGUGUGUGUCUUGUUAAAAAACAAGACAACAGGCCCAAAAUGGAAUCGCUCACCCCAAGCCCCAGGUCUCCAACCCGAACCCUGAAAUGGAUCCUUAAAGCAGUGAGGCGGGAACGCACGGUCAGCCCUGGGUAGGUCAUCUGUCCGACAGGCCCCUGCUGUCCCCUGAAGAAAGGUCACCCUGCAAUGACCCACCGGCGUUUUGCUGCUGGAACUUCGUCCCGCUCCCUUCUGCCUGUAAUUCCUGUCUGCCGAAUGGGAUUCCACCCAAUUCUAAUUGAUUUUGCUCAAAUAAACCCAAAAUUUUAAUAUG